AUGCAACGCCAUGAACGCGUCCCAGAUAUUGGCCAGAUACUCAAGGCUCAACUACACCCGGAUGUCUUGCCUCUCGUCGAUGCCUCUCUUAGAGACCUCAAAUUGCAGUCACGGGCCCUCCAACCUGUGCUUGAAUCCUUCAACGACGAAUUACUCGUUCUGCAUCAAAUUUUUUACCGCACCAAAAACCAACACCGAAUCUCUCUUUUCUGGCGACGCGUAACUGAAAUACGGCGCUAUGCCGAGCGCGUAGAAAGUCUAGCUCUGUUGGACCUAAUAAACUCUCUGCGAUUCUCAUUCUUCGACCAAUCGCAGCAACAAUCCGCAAAGCUGCUCAAGGGCUCAUGGACACACCUACCCGAAAAGCCCUUCGUAUCUUUCAUUCUCAAGCGGAUCAGCGGGUCGCUCGUUCUUCUGGAGAAGAUGACCGAGCGACUGGGGUACGCCUAUCGAUCCUUCUCACUUGCCAUUCAAACCGGGGCAUUCGCCCAAGUGCUGUUGACGCUUUCCGCAAUUUCGUCUCGGAUGGCCGCACUCGUAUCAGCGCUGGCGGAAAUUCUCAGCCGAUCUGUGGAAACAAUUCAAAGUCUUGUCGAUCCUAAUAUGAAUAAUGGUCGGCGCCAGCAAAUCCAAGAGGAUCCCCAGCCCGAUCUCCAUGUCGACUUGCCACACGAGCCCGCGGUUGGUUCACGGCAAGUCGUGGUUGAACGCAUCACCAAGGUAGUCCACCCUCCCGCAGCCAACAAGCCAAGGAGAAAGAAGUCCAAGCCAAGGGACGAAAUUGAUGCGAUCUUUGGCUGA